CAUAUCAACCACCUCCGUGACUACGUCGCCGUCGUCAGCCAAUCUCCCAACCUCUUCGACGCCAGCAUCCGUGAAAACAUCGCAUACAGACGAGUAGGCGAGGAUAAUGGGAUGAGCGACGCGGACGUCGAGAGGGCAGCACGUGCUGCGAACGUCUACAACUUCAUCAUGUCGUUACCACAAGGGUACGACACCCUCAUCUGGGAGAACGCAUCUCUAGUCUCGGGUGGUCAAGCCCAGCGCCUCCAAAUCGCUCGCGCACUCGCACACCCAGCCAAGAUUCUCAUUCUAGACGAAUGUGCCUCAGCGCUGGAUGGUGCAAACCAGACGGCUAUAUUGGAGACGAUACGUGCUGCCAAGGUUGGGAAGACA